AUGGAGAUCGGCGCUGUGUACACCCAUCUGCCGAGCAAGCACAAGCUGGUUAUGAAGGAUGCCUACAAGCCACUCGAGAGGGAGUUGGUUUUCGACAUCGACAUGGACGAUUACGAUGACAUCCGAAGCUGUUGCACCGGUGCCAAGCUAUGCCUGAAGUGCUGGACCUUCAUGAAGGCAGCCAUCGAGAUUCUUCGCCGAUCGCUGCGCGAGGAUUUCGGCUUCGAGCAUCUACUCUUCGUGUACUCCGGCCGGCGAGGAGUUCACUGCUGGGUUUGCGACACGGCGGCCCGGCGAUUGAACAACGAGCAGCGCUGCGCCUUAGCAGAGCUCCGCACUUACGGAGAUGGUGGGCAGUACAUGACCAUGGUUGCACCAGGGGCCGGCAAGUGUCGCUGG